CUCCCCCUCUCUCCCUCUCCCUCUCCGCGCCCGCCUCCCGCCCGCCCUCGCUCCCUCCCCUCCCCAGCACUGCCGCAUUCGCCGACUGCAGCUCCAGCCGCCGCCCGCGCCUCCCGGCCUUCCGCAGCCUCCGCGCCGCCAGCACCAUGGCCAGCACCCUGUCCGCCUACAAGGAGAAGAUGAAGGAGUUGUCAGUGCUGUCGCUCAUCUGCUCCUGUUUCUACUCGCAGCCGCACCCCAACACCAUCUACCAGUAUGGGGACAUGGAGGUGAAGCAGCUGGACAAGAGGGCCUCUGGCCAGAGCUUCGAGGUCAUUCUCAAGUCCCCUUCUGACCUGUCCCCGGAGAGCCCAGUGCUCUCCUCUCCCCCCAAGAGGAAGGACACCUCCCUGGAGGAACUGCAGAAGCGGCUGGAGGCAGCUGAGGAGCGAAGGAAGACGCAGGAGGCGCAGGUGCUAAAGCAGCUGGCUGAGCGGCGCGAGCACGAGCGCGAGGUGCUGCACAAGGCGCUGGAGGAGAACAACAACUUCAGUCGCCUGGCGGAGGAAAAGCUCAACUACAAGAUGGAGCUCAGCAAGGAGAUCCGCGAGGCGCACCUGGCGGCGCUGCGCGAGCGGCUGCGCGAGAAGGAGCUGCACGCAGCUGAGGUGCGCAGGAACAAGGAGCAGCGAGAGGAGAUGUCGGGCUAAGGGGCUGCGGAGCAGAGGCGCCUGGAUCCUGAGAGGAGACAUCAACACAUGCGGGUUCUGGUUUCGUCUUGUGCCACUUUGUCUAGAUGCAACUUUUGCUCCUGCCCCUUCCCUGCCCCGCACUCCCAGCUCCCGCUUCUCUUUCCGCUCUCAGCCAUCCAGUCCUCCGCAGGCUCCCCGUCCAGGAGCCGCCAGGGCGUGGCACACAGUCCCUCACUUCAGGCACCAGGCCAGGCAGUGGCUGGGUCCCCUGUUGGUGGCCCUCUCAGCAGAUGUGGUGACAACUUCAAUAAAUCCAGUGGUGGUAGCAGGAACAUGUGGGUCC